GAUAUGGUCAGCCGUUUUUUGUAGGUUGAUAAAAUCACCGGUAGUGAAAUAUCGAUCAUAACUAGUUUCAUUCCUAGCUGCACAUUAAAGCUUUUAGAAAAAUAUCGGGGGGGGCAAUAAUUAAAAGUUGAAUAAGAAAAUCUCCUUGAAACUAAUUUUUGUUGAACAUGGCUAAUAUAUCUCUAAGUGAAGCAGAGAAAACUUAUAUUUUACAUGGCGUCGAGGGGGAUUUCCGAUGUGAUGGACGGUCACGUCGUGAUUAUCGGCCCAUGGAAUUAGAAACCGAUUUAGUCAGUAAUGCUAGCGGUUCCGCGAGACUCCGUCUAGCAAACACCGAUGUAUUGGUUGGCAUUAAGACUGAAAUAGACAAACCAAAUUAUUUGACUCCGGAUCAAGGAAAAAUAGAGUUUUUCGUCGAUUGUUCAGCCAAUGCGGCUCCUGAGUUUGAAGGACGAGGUGGGGAGGAAUUGGCUUUGGAAUUGGCAGACACUUUAACAAAUGCAUAUGAGUCUCCUAAAGCCUUUGAUUUAAAAUCUCUUUGUAUUUUACCUGGUCAACAAUGUUGGAAGCUCUUUGUCGAUAUUUUGAUAUUAGAGUGUGGUGGAAAUUUAUUUGAUGCCGUGUCUUUGGCGGCAAAAGCCGCUUUAUUUAAUACUAAAAUACCACGUGUUACCGCAGCUCUGAUGGAUGCUGGCGAAGCUGAUUUAUUAAUAUCGGAUGAUCCCUAUGAUUGUACGCGUAUUCAAAUUGAAAAUUUGCCCAUCUUGGUGACCGUGUGUAAAAUUGGAGAUUCAUGUGUAGUAGAUCCUUCCGCCGAAGAAGAGGAGUGCAGUAUCGCCAGCGUUGUUGUAGGAGUUUCAAAAAGAAAAGACAAAUGCUAUAUGUCCAACGUCCAUACAAUAGGUGAAGGAUCUUUACAUAAGGAUACGUUGCAUAAUUGCAUACAUUUGGGCUUAUCAGCCGCGGAAGACUUGAAUAACGAGUUGGAGAAAGCUUUAAAACUUGAAGAGGGGCGUGUGGGUUCCAAACGUAGAACUACCGUAGGAUUUCUUAAAUAAAACAAGCACACAAAAA